AUGCGAUACAAUCUUACCAUCUCAGAGUCAUAUUUACCUGUUUGUUGCAGUGAAAUAAUCAAAAAACUACAACUAUCAAAAGAAGCACAUGGUGAAAAGGGGCGCAAAUGUGUUGAAGGUCGUGGCGUCACGGUUAAACAAAAAAGCAACAAAAAGCAAAAGGCUAACAAUAUUGAAUGA